CCACACUAUCCUAUUCUCGGUCAUUCCGAAUAUUUGAUUUAAAAAAAUUUACAUUUAUUUUUUACUAAGCAUUAAAAGAGAUCUGACAUAAUUUAUUAUAUGAUUUUAAUGUGAAUUCUUAUGCAAAUAGUAAAAAUUAAUUUCUAACAAAAAUGGGAACUGUUCAUGCGAAGGAAUCAAAUAUGUUUAGAAAUACAAACGAAUCUUCAAAUAAUGAAAGACAAAAUUUCAAAAAAGAUAAUCCUUCUUCACACAUUCAUGAAAAGAUGAAUUUACUUGAAAAAAGGAAAGAGAAAUCCAUUGAUCUUCAUUCAGUGAAGGCAAGAGUUGAUAGAAUACAUGUAGAUGGACUCAUGAGAACAAAAGAUGACAUAAUAAAAGCCCAAGUAACAGAAUUGUUUAAAGCUAAAGAUUUUUAUGAUAUUAUUUUACGUGCCUAUAAAGUGAGAGAAAAAUUGCAAGGUUUAGGAUGUUUUGGGAAUAUUGGAAUUUACAUUGAUACCAGUCAAGGUCCUCAUGCUACCCCAGAAGGCGUUGAAGUCACUUUUAUGGUACAUGAAAUGAGACGUCUAACAGGUGGAAUUAGCACUAUGGUUGGAAAUAACGAGGGUUCAGUUAUUAUUCAAGCAAAAGCACCCAAUUUAUUUGGAAGAGGAGAACGUCUUCAGAUGGAAUACUCUUAUGGUUCAAAAAGUUCAACUAAUAUAAGUAUAUCUGCUGUUAAACCAUUUAUAGGUAGUUGGCGUCAUAAAGUAUUAACUGGCAGUGUAUUUAACACAUCAAAUAGAUUCCCAUGGUCUGGUUUUAGUCAAUAUGAUAAAGGUUUAUUAUUAGAUAUUGCUUUUAACACAGAUGGGGCAGGUAUACUGAAGCAUAAUUUACAAUAUGAAGCUACAUAUAGGGAGAUUAUUUCGUCCAAACAAGCGUCGUUUCGCGUUAGAGAACAAUGCGGUCCAAAUUUGAAAUCUGCACUGCGACAUAUUUGUUCCAUUGAUAAAAGAGACUCGUUAAUAUUUCCUACUAUGGGAAGUCUCGUACAAUUUUCGACAGAAGUAGCUGGUCUCGGAGGAGAUAUUGGGUUUGUUAAAAAUGAACUUAUCAUGCAAACUAAUUGGACGCCUCAUGAAUAUGCAACCUUCCAGCUGGGUUUUCAAUCUGGAUUGCUUCGAGGAAUCAGCAAUGAUAUGAAAAUAAAUAUCGCCGAUCAAUUUUUCUUGGGUGGACCAUUGAAUCUUAGAGGAUUCGAUAUGAGAGGCUGUGGACCUCGCCACGAUGGAAAUUCAAUUGGAGGCGAUGUAUAUUGGGCACUUGCGCUUCAUUUAUACACACCACUGCCAUUUAGACCCGGUCGUCACGGUUUCGGUGAUUUGUUUAAAUUACAUGGUUUCAUCAAUGGUGGAAAUGUAUCAAAUUUCACUUUCAAAUUUGCAAAUGAUUAUAAGGAAAAUAUGAAAAUUUUUAAGGAAAAUGUUCGUUGUGCAGUUGGCGGGGGUAUUGCGAUGAAACUUGGAAAUAUAGCGAGAGUAGAAUUAAACUUAGUUAUGCCUUUGUUAUUUGUCAGAAGCGAUGUAUUGCAACAAUUUCAAUUCGGACUCGGAUUGCAGUACUUAUAAAUAACUUUUGGGAUAGUAAAUUGUAUAUUCUAUACUAUUUUUAUGUCAAUCGUACGCAUUUAAUGUAAAAUAAAUUACAAUUAUAAAUUUA